AAGGGUUUAAGGUUUUCUCUUAACCCCUUUCUGGACAUUUCUUCUCUAAGCUCAUUUUCACUCAAUUAGGGUUUCUGAUACGAUUUCGUCCCCAAGCACCGUCGCCAUGACUCUGUAUCGGAUCCUCCUCCGCUCACUACGCCGUUCCUCCUCUAACGCCACCACGAGCGUUGCCGCCGCCGCCCGAACCCAGUUCAUCUCCGUAAAUCACCUACAAAAUCCCAGCUUUCUUCUCCCUCACCGAUCAUUUGCCUUCUCCUCCGCCGAGGAGGCCGCGGCGGAGCGCCGUCGCAGGAAGCGCCGGCUCCGAAUCGAGCCUCCACUCGGUGCCCUACGCCGCGACUCUGCUCCGAGGCCUCCUCCCUCCGAUGAUCCCCGGUCUCGCCUCCCUGACUCCACCUCCGCGCUAGUUGGGCCUAGACUGAACCUUCACAACCGCGUGCAGUCACUCAUUCGAGCGGGAGACCUCGAUUCCGCCGCAGCUGUUGCUCGUCACUCGGUGUUCUCAAACACUCGCCCCACAGUCUUCACCUGCAAUGCCAUUAUCGCCGCUAUGUACCGCGCCGGCAGGUAUAACGAUGCGAAGGCCCUUUUUCAGUACUUCUUCAAUCAGUCUAACAUUAUUCCUAAUGUUGUCUCCUACAACAAUCUUAUUGUUUCGCAUUGUGAUUCCGGCGAAGUUGAUGAAGCCAUAAAAGUUUAUAAUCACAUACUUGAAAAUGCCCCAUUUAGCCCCUCAUAUGUGACUUAUCGGCAUCUUACUAAGGGUCUAAUCAACUCAGGGCAGAUAAAUGAAGCUGUGGAUUUUCUCAGGGAAAUGCUCAACAAGGGUCAUGGUGCAGACUCAUUAGUUUACAAUAAUUUAAUUUUAGGGUUCCUAGAAUUAGGGAAUUUGGAGAAAGCAAAUGAGCUUUUCGAUGAGCUUAAAGAGAGGUGCUUGGUUUAUGAUGGAACUGUGAAUGCAACUUUUAUGGAUUGGUUUUUCAAACAGGGGAGAGAGAGGGAGGCUAUGGAUUCGUACAAGGAUCUUUUAGACAGAAAGUUCAGAAUGGUUCCUGCAACUUGUAAUGCACUACUUGAGGUUUUGUUAAAGCAUGGGAGGGACAAGGAGGCAUUGGAUUUAUUUGAUGCAAUGUUGGAUGAUCACACACCCCCAGUCUUCCAAGCAGUGAAUUCUGAUACUUUUAAUAUUAUGGUGAAUGAAUGCUUUAAAUUGGGGAAGGUUUCAGAGGCUAUGGACACUUUCAAGAAGGCAGGAAAGAGUGUUAAGUCAAAGCCUUUUGCCAUGGAUGUUGCAGGUUUCAAUAAUAUGAUCACAAGGCUUUGUGAGCUUGAAAUGAUGGAGGAGGCAGAGAAGUAUUAUACUGAGUUGUGUAAUAAGUCUUUGAAUCCAGAUGUGACAACUUACAGAACAAUGAUUGAGGCCUAUGUUAAGGCGGAGAAGAUUGAUGGUGUGUUGGAGAAGUACACAAAAAUGGUGGAGGCAGGCUUGAGAGUCAUUCCUGUUUAUGCCAACAAGUGGUUCAAUUUCUUGAUUAACAAAGGUAAGGUCCUGGAAUGUGUCCCAAUUCUCACAAAGAUGGGUGAGAGAGAACCAAGGCCAGAUGUUAUGACAUAUGACAUUGUUAUUAGGGCUCUUUGCCAGGAAGGGAAUUAUGAUGCUAGUUUUAAUUUGCUUAGCCAGAUGGUGAACUAUGGUGUUGGACUCACCUCUGCAUUUAAAGAAUUUGUAUUAGAGGAGUUUGGAAAACAAGGCAGGCGAGAUGAGAUUGACUCACUAUUUUCCAGAAAUCCAACCUAUUUUCCAAAUUCACGACCUAGGCCUCCUCAAGUGCCUAGACAAGCUGCAGCUCAUCAAAUGCCAAACCACUUGUCAUGGCAGAAUCAAGCAAUGCAUCAGGCAUCACAACCCACAGUCAUGGCUGGACAAGGAGUUUCUCAAAUCCCUGGGCAGCCGUCAGGGUUUGCUCAGAUGCCAAGACAGUCUGAGAGAUAUCCUCAAUCAGCAGGACAUACAACUCCACCCGUCAUGGGAGGACAAGGAUCCACUUACAAUCAAAUGUCAGGACAGUCUGAGAGAUAUCCUCAAUCAGCAGGACAUACAACACCACCCGUUAUGGGAGGACAAGGAUCUUACAAUCAAAUGUCAGGACAGUCUGAGAGAUAUCCUCAAUCAGCAGGACAUACAACACCACCCGUUAUGGGAGGACAUGGAUCUUACAAUCAAAUGUCAGGACAGUCUGAGAGAUAUACUCAAUCAGCAGGACACACAACACCACCCGUCAUGGGAGGACAAGGAUCCGCUUACAAUCAAAUGUCAGGACAGACCGAAAGACCUCACUGGGGAUUUACGCCACCAUCAAAUGUCAUGGGAGGACAGCCACAUGCAUUUAAUCAAGGAUCCAAUUUCGAACAAAUGUCAGGACAGACUGGAAGACCUCAAUGGGGACAGACACCACCAUCAAACUUCAUGGGAGGUGAGCCACGUGCAUAUGAACAAGUGCAGGGCCAUAAUGUAAGACCUCAGUUUACAGAACAGGCAUCGCCUCCCUAUUUUAUGGAACAGCAAGGUGGACAAACGGCUUCAGGUCAGAUUGUAGGACCUCAUGGGGCAGGGCAUGGAUCACCACAUGCUUCAACUGCAAGACAGGAAGCUGAAGUCCCACAAAUGGCCGGAAGAGUAGCGCAGUUUGAUUCUUUUGGUAGAUAAAUCAUUGUUGGCCAUGCUUCUUUUUUCAGAUACUAUUCUCUGAUUUUGGCUUCCGAAAGGGCUAAAGUUUUGUUUCAUUCUAGUGGUCUUUGUGCCUCAUACUAAGGUAUUGAUGUUACCCAAGAAAGAAAACACUUGAUAUUAUAUUGUAGUAGCUCUGACUGAGAUUACAGAGUUCUUCAUAAAUACAAGGCAGCUCUUCUCAACUUCCGCAUA